UGUAACCAUCCCACUUCCGCAAAAACAUCCCACAGAAAAACCAUCCGAGCUGCCUUCAAGAGCCGCCGCAAGCGCCAGAGCGACAGGUGUAGCGCAGAAACCCGGAAAUACGACAGACGAACACAACAGGAAUCUUGAAGUCAUGGAUAAGAACAUACAACAGGAUUUUGAGAACCAGUUCAAUGAUGUGGUCUCAAGACUACAAUCAAAGAAGAUGUUUCAGUCGGACUGGGACAUCGCCUCUUUCGCAGUUUUCUUCAUCUUUAUAGGCAUGGUGCUGUUGCUGGUUAUCUUGGUUCUCAUCCGCUGCUGUUGUUGCUGCUGCUGUGAUGAGAAGCCAAGAAGACAGAAGGUGGGCAUCGACAACAUGGGAAUGGAGCCGUGAUCGUCCAGAAACAACAGGCACCAUUACAUUUAUUUCUGUUUUCUAUCAGUUUUGCCACCUAAUCACUAUUUAUAUGUGAACAAGUAAAAUUAUAGAGGUAGGAGAAAAAUAUUUUAGGUAGAUACUUCCUUAUAGGGAUGAUGAAAGCAAAAACCUUUCCCUCCUGUGUAAAAAUGCAGUUAAUAUUUACCCUGGAAAUCACAUGAUUGAAGUUGCAAUCCAUUGUAGAGACCAGAUCCACUUAAUCAGAGAGAGAACAGAUUUUUAUAUACAAGCAUGCUCACCAGUUUUGAAGACACUGGUUACACACUUUAUUGAAGCAACUUUCCGGGAUGGAACCAGUGCAGGCCUUUGACAAAUGGCCUCUAUUGAAAUGAACUUGUUUUUAGUUUUGUUUUUAAGUACGUUUAAUCUGUUAAUCUUGUACCUGACUGAAUCCACUUAGCCUACACCUUUUCACUGAAUUAGCCUUGUCCAAGAUUUAAGGGUUUUUAGUAGAUUUCUUUCAAAUGCUUGACUUUUAAAAUUUAUAUAUAUAUAAAAUACAGAACCUACUCACUACAGAAGAGAGAAAAAAAUUUUUUUAAAUAACUUGACUGAUGAGACUUCUCAGAUUUUAGAAAAUGCAAACUGAUAAGUGAUGCUUUACUUGUGAAAAUUGUACCUUAGAAAAAUGAGUGUCAAUAUUUAACUUUUUUAAUGUACCACAUUGUAUAAAUUUUAGACUUUGUGAACCAAAAAAAUAAAAAUAAAUGCAUACUUCCAAAUGAUCAGCAUGUAGCAAAUAAAAUGUACUUUUCCCUAAAUAUCAAA